GCCGGCGGGCCGGCAGGGAGUGGGGGUGCCAUGGCGGGCGGAGUGGGGCGGCAGCGGUACUGGAAGCCCCAAGGCAGUUGUCACCGUGCAUCACACCGUGGACAGGACAUCUGUGAAUUACAUUUAUCAGUAGCACAUGGGUCAAGUACGAAAAUACCUCAUGAUUGUGAGGCUAUCACCACUGUAACUAAGUACAAGCAUUUCUGCCAGAUGGAUGACUGCGAAGAAUUUCAUACAAGAAAACUGCAGUCUACAAAGAAAUGCCAUCAAACAUUGCAAGAGAGUGUUACCAAAUCAUACAGAAGAAAACUUUGUGUGUGUCGCUCACUAAAAAAAGAGGUGAAUGUGGAAGAUUUGAAACAAUGUUAUCUUGGACAUCUUGAAAGAGAUGAAGACUGUGAUCCACAUGACAGCCCUUCAAAAAAAAAACUUAAAGUUCUGUGGCAGCUCUUUUCACAGGACAAUAUAACCGUACAAGAUAUUGAUGAAGCUUUGCAGCUGGCUGGUUGUAAUCUUGAGCAGUUAAAUACUGCAGAGAAGAUACUGGAAUAUUUGGAAUCCAAGGCAAAGAAGGAUGAAGGCAAGAUUGCAGAAAUUGUGGAUAAAGAGUUUAGUAAUCUAAUUGCUUCCCUUCAAUCAAGGAAAAAGCACUUGCAUGCAGAAUUAGAGGAGAAUACAGACAGUUACGUAUCUGAUGUCUUGAAGGUUAAGCAGCACAUUGAAGAGAAGAAAAACAAAUUGAUUGGAGUGAUGAGGAUAGCAGAGGAGUUAAAAACUACACCUUCACUCAGAACCUGUUGUGAUUUGAAUCAGGUUAUUUACAGUUUAAAGCUUACAGUUGAGAAUGAGCUCUCAAGCGUGGAUACUUUGAAGGAAAAAACACCUCUAACGUUUCUCAUAAAUUGUGAUGAGAUUACAUCUGUUUUCAAAAAUAUAGGAACGUUUCAGUGGGAAAAACCUACAAAAUGUUGCCCUGGAAAAAGUGAAGACAAUGGACAGUCCAUUCUGAUGUUCAGUGAUAAGGGAGAAAUAUCAGACUGUAACACUUACUUGUGUGUAGAAACACAUAAGCUUCCAACACUGAUCAAAAGUAAUGGAACGGAGACUCUAAGAUAUGGAACACUUGGGAGUGUGCAUCCAGAAGUAAAUAAUAUCCAGAUACAAGAACUGGGUACAAUACCCUCUCAGAUUCCACAUGCUUCACCUCAAAUGUUAUCUAGUCCUGAUGUAAUAAUAGAAGAAAUCUUUGAAGAUAACCAAGAAACACAUUCCACAGGAUCUCUUAAAGAUACUCAAAGAAAAAAUUUCCAAAAGAAAUGGUUGCCGUUUGGACACAGACCAGGUUCUCCAGAACUGGUUUUCCUCAGCCAUGUAAUACAUCCGUGCCACUUCUAUAUUCGGAGAUAUUCACAGAGGAAGACAGCAGUUUUUUUGGAGAAAAGGCUGAAUGACUUUUGUAAUAAUAAGAGCUCAUGGUUUAGUCCUUCAGAUGUUUUGGAACUGGGUUCAGACAUCUUUAUCGACAGUAAAGAAAAUGGAAUGUGGUGUCGUGGAACUAUCACUGACCUGAUUCCAAUGAAAAGUAAAAAUGAGGGAAAGCUUUGUGGUUCAGCAAAAUACAAAGUUUGUGAAAUUGCAGUAAUGAAAGUAUUCAUGAUAGAUUUUGGAAAUUCUGAAGUUUUCAUUGUUUCAAGGAUUGGUGAUGUCCCUAUGCUGAAGUCAGAACACGUUGCUCUACAGAAUUUAAUAGUGAAUGACUUAUGUCUGCUUAUAAGGAAGCCUGAUCCACGUAUGGAGCCACAACUUGGGGCUAUUCAUCCUUUAGCAGUACAGUGCUCUUUGAAGGACAUUGUUCCCAAAAAUUCAAAUGAAAGUUGGGAGAAAGAAGCAAAGACGGAAUUUCUGAGAAUGGUAAAUAACAAAGCUGUUCUAAUGAAGGUGUUUAGAGAAGAGGAUGGUGUACUUAUUGUAGAUCUGAAGAAACCACCAGCUAAUAAAAUAAGUAGUGAUAUGCCAGUGUCUCUCAGGGAUGCAUUCGUUUUUUUGGAGUUAGCAAGGUUUAGAUCACUUCCUGGUCAACCAGAAGAUAAAAUGGUGUUGCAGUAUAGUCCACCUACAUUACCCCAAGAAAGGGAAGAAGUCUCCAUUGUGGUUUGUCAUGUCAAUAGUCCUAAUGAUUUCUACCUUCAGUUGCUAGAAAGUCUUGACUUAGUAAUGCUCCUGAAGAGAAUUGAGGAAGUAUAUAAAAAUGAAGAUGGUGAAAACCUAGAAAUCCUCUGUCCAAUCCAAGGCCAAACCUGCAUAGCAAAGUUUGAAGAUGGUGAUUGGUACAGAGCACAAGUUAUUGGUUUGCCAGGGAAUCAAGAAAUUGAGGUUAAAUAUGUUGACUUUGGCAACACUGCCAAAAUAACUCUUAAAGAGAUGCGUAAAAUAAAAGAUGAGUUUUUGAGCCAUCCAGCAAAGGCCAUAAGGACUAAGCUGGCUUAUAUUGAACCCUACAAAGGAGCAAAUGAAUGGAGUAGCAAAGCAAAGGAAAGAUUUGAAGAAAUGACUUGUGAUAAAUCCAUGGCAUGCUCAGUUGUUAGCAUAUUGCAAAAUGAUGUGUUGUGUGUCGAACUAUUUGACUCUUCUUCAAAUGUGCUUGGAAAGAGAUCCUGUAGUAUUAACAGCCAAUUAGUUGAAGAAGAUCUGGCAUCUUACGUACCUGGAUAUAUGAAGAGUACUACCACAGAACAUAAUGAAGUGUGGGACCCUGACCUAGAAGAAGUUUCUGAAUCUAUAGAAUCUAAACUGUUUGAGGCUUUAAACAUAGAAUCUCAACAGAACCAUGAUUUGGAAUCACUUUGCAACAAAGAACUACAAGUGCAGAUUAGUCAUGUCGUAUCCCCACAUAAGAUCUUUAUACAGAGGCAGUCAUCUGAAAACUUACUGAAAAGUUUACAGGAAAAGAUGACUGGUAUCUAUGAAGAAUCCACGUUUGAGCAAGUGAAGUGGGAAAUUGGCAUGUAUUGUGCUAUUUGUAAACGUGAUAUGAAACAGUGGCAAAGAGGCCAGAUUAACAGAGUUCUUUCUGAAACCACUGUAGAGGUAGUGCUGCUUGAUUUUGGUACAAAAGAAAUAGUGAAUGUCAUCUGUUUAAGAGAACUAGAGGAAAAUCUGAAGAGAAUCAAAAAACUAGCAUUGGAGUGUUCCUUGGUAGAUAUAAGUCCAGCUGGUGGGAGUGAGCAGUGGACAGCAACGGCUUGUGAUUGGGUCUCACGUUACCUAACUGGAGCAGUAGCAACCAUAAUCAUACAGGAAAAAGAUGCAACUCAGCCGUUACCUGUGAAAAUAUUUUGCAAAGGUGAAGCAGAACAGCCUGUUGAUAUUUCUGAAUAUCUUAUUUCAAAAGGCUUGGCUCUCAGAAACAGAAGAGUUCAUAAAAUUGACACAAGUGCUGUAGUCCCAGAGGAAUAUCUUGAAGUUGGUUUGAAGCAAGAGAGCUCAGUCUUAAACAAGCUGACUCCAGAAACUGAAAGUAUACCAAAAAGUUCUGUUCCAAAGCAAGAAGUUGUUGUUUCUAGAAGUGAAGAAAGUGAAUCCAAAGAAUGCAAAACAAAGUCAGUACUAAAGUCAAGGCCAGACGGAGCAUAUAAACCACCCCUUGUACCAGAUGAGGAAACUUUUCAGGCUCUAAUAAGCUCUAUUGGAGAUGAUGGAACUAUUUAUAUAAUACCAAAAUCUUCAGAAAAAGCAUUAAACGUAUUGAAGGCUGAUAUACAACGUAACUUCAAAUGUCUUGGUCUUCUUGAACCAUAUUGUUGGAGAAAAGGAGAAGCUUGCUUUAUAAGAGGAGCAGAUACCAUGUGGUAUCGAGGUAAAGUUACAGAAGUUGUUGGUGGUGCUAUCAGGGUAGAAUACUUGGACUAUGGCUACAUUGAAAAGAUCCCUCAGUGUCAUCUCUAUCCAACUUUGUUAUAUGCUGAAAUACCUCCAUUUUGCAUCCCGUGCCAGCUCUAUAAAACAGUACCAGUUGGAAGUUUUUGGCAGCCAGAUGCAGUAGAACUCCUUCAAGAACUACUUAUGGCAAGAGUUGUUGAAGUACAUGUUAUGGCUGGCAGCGUUCCAGCCUGCAAGCGGCUGCCUGGGAUGAUUGGAGGCAGCGGGAGUGCGUGCACAGAUGCAUAUGGCCAGUAUAGAGCAAGGCCGGGUCAUGGGAGCAGCCCCAGCCACUGGACACAGGAACGUCCAGAUGAUCCAUGGGGCAAACUGCCUGUUAAUAUCUAUUUUGAUGGGGUAUCACUUUCUUCUUUUAUGGCAUUCCACAAACACUGUGUCCUUGAAGAUGAUCAGGCUGGACUAGGACUGGAAGUCAUAAAUUGCAGUGAAAAGUAUUUGGAGGACAACUUUGAAAUCAGCUUUGAAGAGCUGUUACUUGAAGUAGAGACUCCAGUUUUGCCACCGUAUACUUUGUCAUCACUACCUCUUCCGGGAGAAUGCUUUCCUGUUAAAGUUAAGCACCUUGUUUCACCUAAUGAGGUGUACAUUUGCCUUGAUUCAGUAGAGAGUAUUGAAGAACAAAAUGACACAGAAGAUGGUAGAGUUGACUGGAACUCUGAAACUGAGAACCUGGAUCAAGUCCUGAGGAGGUGUAACAAAGAUGUGGAUUCUCUUCCUUUUCUAACAGAUUUUAGAACAGAAAUGCCUUGCCUGGCAGAGUAUAGUGAUGGCUUAUGGUAUAGAGCAAAACUUCUUUCUAUUAAAGAUUUUGACCCUGUUACUAUUCUGAUUCAAUUUAUUGACUAUGGAGCAACUAAAAUACUACCAACAAGCAGAUUACGUCAGAUUCCUCCUGCUCUUAUGCAAUAUCCUGCUCAAGCAGUGAAAGCUCUGUUGGCUGGAUUUAAACCUUCUUUGCUUAAUACAGAGAAAGAGAGAAUUCCAUAUUGCCCAGAGUGGAGCAUGGAAGCAUUGUGGGCAACGAUAGACUGUGUUCAAGGAAAACAGCUCUUUGCUUCCACAUUGACUUCAUCACCAGAGUUCACCAUUUUCUUGUACAACGAUGAGCAAAAAUUAGUUCACCUGGAGCUGAUAGAAAUGGGACUUGCAGAACUAUAUGAGUGACAUAUUUACUGUAUUAAAGAACUUUUGUUGAAGACCUCACUAACAGAGGAGUAAAAGUUUUGUUUAUAUUUGUUCGGGCAUUUUUGCUUAGUUUAGUACAUUCUAAGUGCAACAAUUGUGCACAAUACCUGGAAUAUUUAGGUGUGUCUAGUUCAGUUAUUUGCAGAAGUUUGUGAAGGAUAUUAAAAUAAAUAUUUAUU